CAAUGCCGCGACACACUCUUUGCAAUUUUAGAGUUCACGUGCGAUAUGAGCAUCUAUCUUGGCAUGUGAUGCUCUAUCCUAUAAGCACGUGUUUCCCUAGUUCAGCAGAAAAUCCGUCUACUCUUACCAAAUCAGAAAAUUUAGUCUAUUGGUGAUACACUCGCUGCAAAAACUCCAGUGUGUGGGUGCAACCACACGGUCGGUACGAGACCUCCUUAUUUGCUGAAGAAGAACUACUCUACAUGAGACGUACUGUCGUAUAACUUCUCUGGAGAUAGCUUGUGCGUUUGAGUCGUAUGUGGUCCACUAACAUACCGCAUCCGAUGACUUCUAGAGCUCACUGAACGACAUCAUCUCCGCCAGAAAGACAGUAUAUCGUAGCCCUCAAAUAUAACUGCAGCCCCAUCUUCUUUUUUGCAGGGCGAUAAUGCACAUACUGAGGAACGAAUACGCGGCCACCUACAUACCCGAGUACAUGAACUACAGCAACGCAGACCUGAGAAGGGCCGUAAAUCGCCACCUGCCUGACCGAUUACAGGAAUGGUCACCGGACAUUUUGGUGUGCCUGCAGCUCGAGCGGUUCUCACGCUUCCUCGACGAGCUACGCAGUCCGGAGAAAGCCGCCAGCUUAAAGCUUUACCUGGGCGCGUACCUGGUAUUUAAGAUGAUGACCUUUGCAUCGCGACACUUAACGCACGCUAUGAUGAAAGUAAAAGGCCAGCUUUCCCAAAUGGACCGGUACGUGAGGGCGCAGUGCGCGGACCUGAUCGACACUACCUUGCCCCUGUCUGCCCGGAAGUUCCAGCAGGACAAGAUUGACAGCGCAUCGCGACUUGCCAUCUUCGACAUCUACGCCCACGUGCUCCGAGCGCUCGUGGACGUCGUCGCCGGCCACGACACCGAUAUCGCCUCCAGUAUAGACGAAUAUGCGCACACGCUAUCCCUCGGUGCCUUCAACUUGACCAUCAGGCAAGAGCAGCUAGAGGCGCUCUACGCGUUCGUACCUCAGCUAAAAAUCGAUAAACUGCGGUCAUUUAUGGACCUGUACACCCCAGCGAUGGACUCUACACUAACGGUGCUUAGGAAUUCCACCAACGUCCACAGGAGGAACCUCGCGCAUGUUCCACACUUGGCCACCAGUCCCGUCUACCGUCUUCUAGUGGCACGCGAGAUAGUGAUCCCGUCGUAUGCGUUAUUGUGGCCUGUGUUCCACCGCGAAUAUCCCGCAGCAGUGAACAUGGGGUUGCUUGGAACUUUGAUCGCUCGAGGUCUGGUGGACAUGGUGUUUUACAUGUUCUUCCAGGAUAAGGACUUCCAGCCCCUGCCUCGGGCUCAGGUGAAGUUUCCACCUGCGCUGCUGGACUUCAUCGAACGCCUUAGGAGAAGUCUUAAAUACAGCCUCAAGAGUUUAAAAAACGGGACAACGUCGAGGAGGGACAUCGAGGAGCUGAUAAAGCAAGUCAUAGUCGGACACCUGGUGAGCAGAGCUCUUGCCACAGUGUCGUCGCCGAAGCCCACCGAGUACUUCUCAGCGCUGCCCGCAGAACGGCUCUUGUACAUGGCCAUCUGCUUCAGAAACUGCCAAAUGACACCGACAUUGAGGAGCUUCGCCGCCUGCAACGUGGUUGUGCCGCACCUUCCCGGGUUUGCGCGGGCGUUCGGCUGUAACAUUACGUCGGGCUCCGCGUUCUCCUUGGGUGACAUUCCUGAAGCAGCGCCGAAGGAAGAGGACGUUGCACGCGGCACUACUGAAUAUGUGACGGUUUAAUACUCCUAUCCGAAGGCCAGAUGGAACAGGAGUUAAAUAUUUAUUGCUUAUUUCACGAUUUCGCUUGUCGAUACAGCGCUUUCAUAUAUUUGCAGCGAGCCUCGCCCCAUUGGUAAAGCCUUUCCCUAUACUGCUAUAGAGACAAACAAGUAAUUUUAAUACAUUACAAGUAAUAAUUUUCUAUCGGAUGAAUAUGUGCAGAAAUGAGGACCACACAGUGCGCGAUGGGGGAACAUGAAGUCGCACGAUGCAAAGUAAAAGGUUCUCAGCGGGCGUGAAGAUGCCUAUUGUGGAACGAAAGGGUCCCAGAGAUGUUGAGUAGAUUCCUACAAGUACUUACUUUCGCGACUCGUACAUAAAAUAAUAUCGUAGCGACAAUGACAUUGCCGCAAAGGACAUUAGCAGUGGGGAACGAUCACAUUUGUGUAUGUGUUUGAGUGCGUACGCGCGCUUUUGUGUAUAUGUGUUCUGUUUGCGCGUGCUGUGUGCGUCAACGCGGUGUUCGUGCGCGUGAGUGCAUAAGAAUAGGCUAAGCGUGUGCUGUACUCACGAUUUGUGCUUGUCUGCACUGUGUACACCUUGUGUCCAUAUUAUACCUCCACCUAUUGGCGGCAGUGGCUAGCCGCGCCAGGCACGUUGCUCGUAUUCGCGGGCUUCUUUUACACUCGGAAAAACACUUGUAUGUAGCACGUAUGGAGCAACAGAAACCAGUAUCGGGGAGUGUUUCUUUUUUAUGUUGCUCUGAAAUUUUCUCAUUGACACUAAUUAUCAUAUUUGAGAAGAUGGCUAACAUUAUAUUAUUUGCGAAGCUCAGUAAUUAAGACUAAUUAUAUGAUUAAGCGAAGUGAAAAAUAUAACUAAGCGACGGCAAACAUUACCUCGGUUCUGUUCAGCUACGUGGCAUGAUAUGACGAUGCACUCUAAUACGAUGCGACCAAAUGCAUGUUGCUGAUACUGUAUGGAGUAAGUCGCACUAUAUUUUAUUGUGUUUAAUUGCAUAAUUAGUCAAGAUUAAUUCACCAACCUAUGGAGCAGUGAAGUUAGGCAAGAUAUUCUAAUUAUAAAGCUGUAGGUCGGUUUGGAUAACGUCCGAUUAAACAGUUUCUAACUUGCUAUCUGUUAAGUAUUAGUUGUUUGUCGCUUAGUGCCGAUUUCCGCGAAAUACGAAAAAUUUGAAGGCCCAAUCCACUCUGUGAAAGCUGAAUCUAUUCUGUUCUAACGAAUGAAUUGGGUACGUCGUAAAUUGCCGUAAAUAACCAUUUAUUGCACAAUGGCAUUCACGACGGCUUUACCAUCGCGGUGGUAUGUACUGUUACGG